UUUGAGGAGUCACUUGCAUCGGAGCCAUGAAGUUUCUCGCGGUGCUUUUCCUCGCGGGCUUUGCCCUUGCUGCAGCUGUUCCUGUUCCUACGGAAGAAGUCGGUGUUUUGCAAAAGUUUGAAGACCUCUUUUCUUUGACUUUGGCUUUGGAAUCUGAUGAUGAACCCCAGACUGAAUUGGGCCAGAAGCUUAAGGAGAGGCUCAAUGAAAUUUUGGAAAAGAUCAAGGAAUCCAUUGAGCAAGGAAAGGGGGUGAAAGAAGAGCUCCUUCAGAAGCUCAAAGAAACUCGAGACAAAAUGAAGGAACUGAAGGUGGAACUCGGCGAGAAAGCCAAGGAGCUUCUUGAAAAGAUCAAGGAGAAGGCAAAGGACUUCUGGCAGAGAAUCUUAGAAAGGCUUAGGCCUGACAAACGAUUUGCUGCCGAUGAUGAUGAUGUCAAAGACGACAUUGAGAAAUCUUUGAGAGAAGCCCUUGACAAAGUCCUUGAAAAAGUAAAAGAUGCAAUUGACCACGGAAAAGCCAUCAGAGAAGAGUACUUGGACAGGAUUAAGGAAAUCCGUCAAAAGUUGAAGGAUAUGGGCAAAGAAAUCGGCAAUCAUGCUAAAGAAGUGUUGGAAAAGAUUAAGGAACGUGCAAAGGAUUACUGGCAGAGAAUUUUGGAGAAAUUGGGCUUGAACAAGCGCGCUAUUGAGUUCCACCUCGAACAAGCUUUUGCUGAUGAUGACUCUCACUCCGAACUUGAACAGAAGUUGAAGGAGAAACUCGAACAGCUCCUUGACAAAAUCAAGGAAGCUAUUGAGAAGGGCAAGGGCAUCAAAGAGGAAACUCUUGAAAAGCUGAGGGAAGUACGUGAAAAGAUGAAAGAACUCAGAGUUGAACUCGGCGACAAAGCUAAGGAACUUGUACAAAGAAUCAGAGAAAGAGUUAAGGAAUACUUCAAGAGGAUCCUGGAACGAUUGGGUCUUGAAAAACGAGGUGAACCCCAAACUGAACUUGGCCAGAGGCUUAGGGAAGAACUCGAUCAAGUCCUUGAAAAAAUCAAGGAUGCCAUUGACAAUGGUAAAGCUGUCAAGGAAUCUACUCUUGAAAAGUUGAAGGAAAUCCGUGAGCAGAUGAAAGAUCUUGGAGUUGAGCUGGGACAAAAAGCAAAGGAAUUGUUGCAGAACAUCAAAGAGAAGGCAAAGGAUUACUGGCAGAGAAUCUUAGAAAAGCUUAAGCCCAGCAAACGCUCUCUUCAUGAAUCUGAGGCUCUCUAUGAUGAACCUCAAACUGAACUAGGACAGAAAUUGAGAGAACACUUGGACCAGAUCCUUGAAAAAGUAAAAGAAGCCAUCGAGAGGGGCAAGGAAGUCAAGGAAGAAUACUUGGAGAAGAUUAAGGAACUCCGUGAAAAGUUGAAGGACAUGAAGGAAGACAUUGGAGCCCGCGCUAAGGACCUCCUCCAAAAGAUCAAGGAGACUGGCAAGGAAUACUUCCAGAAGAUCUUGGAGAGAUUGGGACUGGGCAAGCGAGCUCUUUAUGCUGAUGAGCCACAAACCGAACUGGGGCAGAAAUUGAGAGAACAUUUGGAUGAGAUCCUUGAAAAAAUUAAGGAUGCCAUUGAGAAGGGCAAGGAAGUCAAGGAGGAAUACUUGGAAAAGAUUAAGGAAAUUCGUGCUAAGUUGAAGGAUCUUAAGGAAGACAUUGGAGCCCGUGCUAAGGAUCUCCUUCAGAAAAUCAAAGAAAAAGGCAAGGAGUACUUCCAGAAGAUCUUGGAGCGAUUGGGACUAGGUGGCAAGCGAGCUCUUUAUGCCGAUGAACCUCAGACCGAAUUGGGACAGAAAUUGAGAGAGCAUUUGGAUGAAAUCCUUGAAAAAGUUAAGGAUGCCAUUGAAAAAGGAAAGGGCCUUAAGGAAGAAUACCUUGAAAAGAUCAAGGAAAUCCGCCAAAAGUUGAGGGACAUGAAGGAAGACAUUGGUGCUCACGCAAAGGACCUUUUGCAAAAAAUCAAAGAAAAGGGCAAGGAAUACUUACAAAAGAUCUUGGAAAAAUUGGGACUGAAGAGCAAGCGAGCUCACGAGGAAUUCUUCGCUGAUGAUGAUGAUGAGGAAUCGGAUUUGGCCACUAGGUUGAGGGAAAGAUUAACUCAACUCAUCCAGAGGAUCAAGGAUGCCUUGGAAAAUGGCAAAGGGUUGACCGAUCUGUUGCAAAAGCUUAAGGAUCUCCGUGAGAAAUUGAAGGAAAACAACGUAGAUGUUGGACAACUGAUCAAGGAACGCCUCCAGAAGCUGAGGGAAAAAGUAAAGGAAUAUUUUGACAAACUCCUUGAAAGGCUCAAGACCAAGAGAUCUGUUCAACACCUUGACUUUAACCUCAAGCAAAUUUUCCAGAAACUGAAGGACUACGUCAGGAGCAAACUUGAUGCUGAACAACUGAAGGCUAAGGUCGAAGAACUCUUCGGAAAAGGAAGUGAAUUUGCUGAACAACUGAUAAAAAUCCUGAAAGAGAAAGGUGAAGCCGGAAAACAAAAGAUCUUGGACCUCAUCGACCGAGUCCUUGGGGAACAGGAAAGCAAGAGAGGUAUCUCCGACUUGUACGAGAAGAUCAGAAACUAUUUCAAGGACCUCGGAAUCAACCUCAAAGAGAAGUUUGUCAAGUUUGGUGAAUGGGCAAAGCAACAGUACGAGAAAGGUCUUGAAGUUGGCAAGGAUCGUGCCGAAAACCUGAAGCAGAUUGCCAAGGAGUUCAUCAACAACGCCAAGGACAUCAGCAAGGAUGUUGCCGAGGAAGCCAAAGAAUUCUUCAAGGAAUACAAGGAGGACUUAGGCAAAGUCUACGACGAUGUUCGCGAGAAAAUCAAGGAAAUCCUGAACAGGGAUUCGUCCGUUUUGGUGUCUGCUAUACUCGGCAUCAUGAAGCUCUUUGCGGCAUUUUUCCUAGCUACUUUAGCUCUUGCUACAGCCCUUCCAGUGGCUCAACAUGACCACGAACUGCAAAAGUUUGUGGAAGAUGUUGAUGAUCUCUUGGAAUUCGCUUAUGCUGACGACACCGGAAGUGAACUCACUGACAAGUUGAGGGACUCUUUCAAUCAGAUCCUUGAGAAGAUUCGUGAAGGAAUUGAAAAAGGAAAGGGAAUCCGAGAAGACUUGCUCAACAAGUUGAAGGAAGUUCGUGAACAGAUGAAGGAAAGGGGUGUCUCCUUGGGUGAACGUGCAAAGGAGAUCCUCCAGAAAAUCAGGGAGAAGGGGAAGGAAUUCUUUCAAAGAAUCAUGGACAGGCUCAACCCCUCUUCUCACAGUGAUACCGGAGACGAAGUUGCUGACAAACUGAGAGAAACUUUCGACAACAUCCUCGAGAAAAUCCGAGAGGGAAUUGAGAAAGGCAAGGGACUGAAGGAAGAACUCCUCACCAAGUUGAAGGAUGUCCGUGAGAAAAUGAAGGAAAGGGGUGUCUCUUUGGGUGAACGUGCAAAAGAGAUCCUUCAAAAGAUCAGGGAAAAGGGGAAGGAGUUCUGGCAAAGAAUCAUGGAUAGGCUUAACCCCUCAUCUCACAGUGAUACCGGAGAUGAAGUUGCUGACAAAUUGAGAGAAACUUUCGACAACAUCCUCGAGAAAAUCCGAGAGGGAAUUGAGAAAGGCAAGGGACUGAAGGAAGAACUCCUCACCAAGUUGAAGGAUGUCCGAGAGAAAAUGAAGGAAAGGGGUGUCUCUUUGGGUGAACGUGCAAAGGAGAUCCUCCAAAAGAUCAGAGAAAAGGGGAAGGAAUUCUGGCAAAGAAUCAUGGACAGGCUCAACCCCUCAUCUCACAGUGAUACCGGAGAUGAAGUUGCUGACAAAUUGAGGGAAUCUUUUAACAACAUCCUCGAGAAAAUCCGAGAGGGUAUUGAGAAAGGCAAGGGACUGAAGGAAGAACUCCUCAACAAGUUGAAGGAUGUCCGUGAGAGAAUGAAGGAAAGGGGUGUCACUUUGGGCGAAAGAGCAAAGGAUCUCCUCCAGAAGAUCAGGGAAAAGGGGAAGGAAUUUUGGCAAAGAAUCAUGGACAGGCUCAACCCAUCAGCCUCUUCAAGAGCUGAAGAAGACAUCAAGCAUGAACUGGCGGAGAAGCUUAGGGAAGUCUUGAAGUCACUUUUAGAAAAGAUUAAAGACGCAAUUGAGAAUGGAAGAGUUGUUACCGAAGACCUCAAAGAGAAGUUGGAAGAACUGAAGGAGAAAAUGAAGGAACUAAAAGUUACUCUUCCUGACGACGCGAGGGAGCUGAUUGAAAAGAUUAGAGAGAAGGCGAGAGAGUUUUUCAAGAAUCUGUUGGAAAAACUUUUCGAUAGACAGCGCCGUUCUCUGACCGAACAAGAAAUUGAUGAAAUUCUUUCUGGUUUAAGCAUUAAGGACCUCUUCAACAGGUUGAAAGAUGCUGUCUUGAGCAGGAUUGACAAGGAAAAGCUGAAAGAAAAAGUUCACGAAUUGUUCGGAAAAGGAAACGAGCUGGCUGAUCAACUUUUGAAGUUGAUCAACGAGAAGGGAGAUGCCUACAAGCAGAAAGUUCUUGAUUUCAUUGACAGACAUUUGAACAACAACGAAAAGCGAUCCAUCAAGGAAAUGUGGGAGAAGGUAAAAGAUUACUUCAAGGACAUGCAGAUUGACCUGAAGGAAAAAUACAUGAAAUUCGGAGAGUGGGUAAAAGACAAGCUUAGCAAGGGCCUGGAAAAGGGAAAGGACAAGAUUGAAAACAUCAGGAACAUUGCUAAGGAAUUUGUUGAACACACUAAGGGAUUGAGCAAGGAUGUUGCUGCCGAAGCUCUGGAAUUCUUGAGGCCAUACAAAGAGGAUUUGGGAUCUCUCUGGGAUCAAGUCAAAGAAACAGUGAAGGAUGUUCUCAACAGAAACAACGAAAAGCGAUCCAUCAAGGAAAUGUGGGAGAAAGUGAAAGAUUACUUCAAGGAUCUGCAGAUUGACCUGAAGGAAAAGUACAUGAAAUUCGGAGAGUGGGUAAAAGACAAGCUCAGCAAGGGCCUGGAAAAGGGAAAGGACAAGAUUGAAAAUAUCAGGAACAUUGCGAAGGAAUUUGUUGAACACACUAAGGGAUUGAGCAAGGAUGUUGCUGCCGAAGCUCUGGAAUUCUUAAGGCCAUACAAAGAGGAUUUGGGAUCUCUCUGGGAUCAAGUCAAAGAAACAGUGAAGGAUGUUCUCAACAGAAACAACGAAAAGCGAUCCAUCAAGGAAAUGUGGGAGAAAGUGAAAGAUUACUUCAAGGAUCUGCAGAUUGACCUGAAGGAAAAGUACAUGAAAUUUGGAGAGUGGGUAAAAGACAAGCUCAGCAAGGGCUUGGAAAAAGGAAAGGACAAGAUUGAAAACAUCAGGAACAUCGCAAAGGAAUUUGUAGAACACACUAAGGGAAUGAGCAAGGAUGUUGCUGCCGAAGCUCUGGAAUUCUUGAGACCAUACAAAGAGGAUUUGGGAUCUCUCUGGGAUCAAGUCAAAGAAACAGUGAAGGAUGUUCUCAACAGAAACAAUUAAGCGUACCUGACUGAAAAAUUACUGCAAAGACUGUAAAUUAAAAAAAUAAACGUUUUUAAUUUUUAGUAAUA